GAGCUUAUUAACAGGACUCUGUAUGAGUGACGCUGAGUCAGACCACCCUCCCCCUGGGCACCUGGUGGGAUGUAUGACAGUGAUUCACCCAGCAGGAGAGCAAACCACGCUCUUUCCUUCCUGGGUGGGAAUUGCUCUUUCAGCACCUGCUCCAAAGAAAACGGACCUGGCUGUUGAGGAGAACAAAGCCCAAAACUUCCUGGGCAGCCUGAAGCGACAGAGACGGCAACUGUGGGACCCGACCUGGUCCAACACCCAGCAGGGGUACCCGCAGUGGGACCCGCAGUGGGACCCGCAGUCGUACCAGCAGUGGUACCCGCAGUGGGACCCGCAGUGGUACCAGCAGUGGUACCAGCAGUGGUACCCGCAGUGGUACCCGCAGUGGGACCCGCAGUCGUACCCGCAGUGGAACCAGCAGCUCCCCAAUACAGGCUCCAACAGGAGGAGUGGGCCUGGCCCAGGAACGCGACAGGAACACAGUGUCUGCCACAGUCAGACGUCCACGUGUCAGGCAUCGGGCCCAGUUGUUACUGUAUCAGGCAGAUGCACCUUUUGUCAGCCUCGUUCCGGCUGCGAUGACCUCUGGGCGCAGGAGUCCUUUAGCGGGACUCAGCCUGGGUUAUUAAUCACUGAGGAAAAACCACCCCAGAGAAAGCGGGGUGACAUGUGGUCAGGGUGUGACCUAAACCCACUAUCUAUGGUUUCCUCUCCUCUCCAGAAAUUUGAAGAUGAUGUCACCUACUGGCUAAACAGAGAUCGGAACGGACACGACUACUAUGAUUACCACCGUCACUACGAUGAGGAUGCUGCCAUCGGUCCCCGGAGCCCCGACAGCUUUCGGCAUGGAGCCAGUGUCAAUUACGAUGACUACUAACCAGUGUCCGCCUGUGCAGACCCAGACGGGUCCUCUCUCCUCCUAACCCGACUCAGUGGCUCCUGCUGUGCUUUGCUUCAGCAACUCUGUGUGUCCAUUUUCUGUGACCAGAAAGGAAGAGUUAAAACAACGAAUAUAAACGCUUUUUGAUAGGUUAUGCAAGCACCUAACAGUGUAUUUCAUUAAAAAUAGCAAUAAAAGCAUUUUGUUAAAAAGAAAA